AACUAGCUCCCAAGCAGUCAUGGGUUCGUUUUACCAAUUUUGGGUGAUUUUUUUUCUCAAUGAAGCGCAAUCAGCUCGAAUACUCGGCUUAUUUCCACAUCCGGGUAAAAGUCAUCAGAUUGUUUUCGAUCCUGUUAUGAAAGCACUAGCAGGACGCGGCCAUGAGAUCACAGUUAUGACAUUUUUUCCGCAUCUGGUAGCCCCAGAAAAUUACAAAGAAGUUAACCUUCAGAGUCUUACCCAACCACAGUUAGAUUUCAUUACGAUCGAUUCUUAUGAAAAACCGAGUUGGAUCAAGAAAAUACCAAUCGUUGGGAACAUUUGGGAUCAGUACAUACAGCAUAUAGAUUUAGCUAAUCAUGCGUUAGAAAUAUGUAAGAAGAUGAUACAAUUCCCACCAGUAGUCGAUACGUUGAAGAAACAGUACGAUCUCGUGAUUGUCGAAAAUUUUGCGGGUGAUUGUAUGCUUGGGCUUAUAAGUGCCUUUGGGAUCAAAGCCCCAGUCGUCGGUCUGUCUAGCCCUCAGCUUUUACCUAAUAAGGCUCGCAGAAUGGGCGCAGAUGACAACCCUGCGUAUGUUCCCAUCGUAACCUCAUCGUUCUCACAUAAAAUGUCGUUCUUCCAACGAGUAGAAAACACGAUAGUACAUUAUUUAAGUGACAAAGUAUAUCAAACGUUAGGUGAAAACGAACGGAGGUUGAUAGAAGAAAGCUUUGGAAGGAGAAUCCCUGAUAUUCAAGAGUUAGCAAAUAACCAAUCGUUGAUUCUUGUUAAUUCGUAUCAUGUUUUGAACGGCGUGUAUCCCAGAGUACCUGGUAUUGUAGAAGUUGGCGGGAUUCAUAUACAGCCUAAAAACGACACGAUCCCUACGCUUAUUGAAAAAUAUCUAAAUGAAUCCAACCACGGAGUCAUUUUGUUCAGUUUCGGGUCAUCCUUGUGCUCUUCGUCAUUAUCAAGAAAAACAGAGAAUGAAUUAAUAAAGUCUUUUUCAAAAUUGAAACAAAGGGUAAUUUGGAAACACUCAGAAUCUUCCGAGGGAGGGUCAUUUAUUGGAAAAAAUAUAUUGAGAGUGAAAUGGAUACCACAAGCACAACUAUUGCAACACCCAAAAGUCCUAGCACUAGUUGGACAUGGUGGAUUACUCGGUAUAAUGGAGGCAGUUACGUUUGGUAAGCCAAUCGUAGCAAUACCAGUAUAUGCCGACCAUAGAAGCAAUGCUGCGGCAGUGGAAACUGCGGGUAUUGGUGUGAUAUUGCCUAUUAGUGACCUACAGGCGAAUAACUUUGUGAGAGCGAUCGAAAUUGUCCUAAGUCAAAGAAUGCGCGAGAGAGCUCGUCAUGUCUCAGCAAUGUGGCAUGACAGGGAACAACUUCCAUUAGAUACAGCUGUGUACUGGACCGAGAGAGUAAUAAGAUGGGGCAACCAGUCACCGCUUUCUUCACAAUCGAAAUAUCUCCCAUUCUACCAGUAUGCGCUACUAGAUGUCGCUGCCUUUUUAACCUUAUUGUUUACAUUACUUCUUCUAACAUUAUAUUAUUUAACAAAAUAUAUAAUUAACUUUUUUAAAAAUAACUAUCUAAAAGUCGUAAUAAAAGAAAAAAGUAAAUAG